AAGAGGAACAACACCAUGGCAAAGAAAGGGAAGAAGGGUGGAAAAGGGAAGAUGACAGAGGAGGAGAAACAGCUAUUUCUGCAGCAAAAAGCCUUGGCAGAGGAGGAGAUAAAGAAGAAAAAAGAGGCCAUGCUCAUUAAAGAAUUUACGGAUAAAAUGGAGACGGAGGAGCAGAAAACGGCGGUGAACGACCUGAAGCUUGUAGACAGAUGGCGGUUGGUGUUCCGGAAGGUCCGCGCGAAGGAGCUGCGUAACGACAUCGCUGUGCUCAGCCAGACGUUCGAGAGAGUCCUGGACCACAAAGACACCGUUAUUAAGUGUUUGGAGGUUGAGGUGAACAGCAUGAGGGAGCAGUCGGCCCGGUGCCAUGGGUCUCAUCUGGAUCACAUCGACAGACUCCUGGAGCUACAGAGGGAGCGGCUGGGCACCCUGGAGCAGCAGUGGAACACCGAGCUCGAGGAGCUCUGCACGGCCUUCAACAAUGAGAGGGAGCAGGUCUUGUCGCAGCACCGGGAGGAGUGUGCGUACCUGGAGGAUGUGCACUUCGCCAUGGAGCAGUGCCACAGGGAGGUGGACGCUGAAACCCGGCAGGAGUUCAUGAGCACUCGCAACGACAUCAAGAACAGGAACAUGGAGGAGAAGAACGCCCUGCGGGUCCAUUUCGGGGGGGAGGCGGAGGAGCUUUGGCACCAGAUCCAGGAGGCCGUGUGGAGCUACUCGGACUCCACGGAGAACCGCAGCACCACCUUCCAGACGCUGCUGACCCGCGACGAGGGCAGCGUCCUGGAGAUCGACAUCCAGAUGAAGAAGAUCCAUAAGAUGCAGUACUCGAUCGCCCAGCUCCGCUCCAAGGUGACCUGCGGCCAGAAGCAAGACUCGGACGAUCGGCAGGCGCUGGGGGCCAUCAGGGAGGAGGUGACUGCGCUGGGCCGGCACCUGAACUGCCAGCUCACCAGCACCCAGUCCCGCAACCGCUGCCAGCUCACCAUACUCACCAUCUACAGCGACGGGGCGGCCAAGAAGCUGCAGAGCGUCAUCGACAAGGGGGGCCGGCUCCUGCGCAUCACGGAGCUCUGCCGGAAGCUGGAGCGGGAGGACGAGAAGUCGCUCAACUUCUUCUGCCAGCCGCCGCCCACCGAGGAGAGGAGCCCGGAGAGCUCCACCAGCAUGGAGCGGCAGAUCAGGGAGCUGGCCAAGGGCAUACUGGAGCACUCGGGGCUGGAGAGCGUGUGGCACCGCUACAACAAGGUGCUGCUGGAGCGGCUGUGCCUGGUGCGGGAGCAGGCUGUGUUGGGCCAGCAGAACGGCCACCUGCGCCUCAUGCUCCGCCGUUACCUGGACGGCAUCACCGUUAGCAACAGCACCAUGCGGCAGCGCAACACGCUGCUGAUGGUGACCACGCCGGCCCGCCGCCAUCCCGAGCUGCCCCUGCCGCCGCACCGGCCCGCCCACGUGCUGCUGCAGCACACGCGCUAGGCCGCCGCCGUCGCCACGGAAACGCCACCGCGCCUAAGACGCAUGCUCAGCAACGGGAGUGGAG